AUGGACAGCCUGGGUGCACGUGAGGUGGCUGCUUCCACGAGGCUGCUGGGCUAUGAGGCGGCCGGCGCAGCUCAGCGCCUGGACACCUGCCGGGGGUUGAGGGCGUGGGUGGCGCGGGCCACCGGCAACUCGGCGACCAGCGCGCUGCCCGAUACUGAGCAUGCUGCCGCCGCCACGCCCCCGCCCGGCAUGGGGGCCUCAGCUCCUAAAUCAGUUGGGAAGAACGCCGGGCCGGCACGGCAGCCGGCGGCAGUCCCCCGGGGACGGAACGGCCUGGCCAUCCCCAGCACCGAGGACUUCAAAUCCCAGGGCUCCCAAGCCUGGCAUGAGGCGCGAUCAGCACGGCUCACUGCCUCCGCCUUCUCAAAGGCACUCGGGUUCUAUCCAGGAGAUCGUGAGACGCUGUGGAAGGAGAAGCUGGGCCUGCUGCCUCCGUUCCAGGGGAACGAUGCCACGCGCUGGGGCACUGGGGCUGAAGCAAGGGCGCUGCAGUCCUAUCAGCGCAACACAGGGUAUGUCGUGCAGGGCUGCACAUUUGCCGUCAAGGCGGAUGAUGCGGUGCAUGGCUGGCUGGGCGCCUCGCCCGACGGGCUGGUGGAGGCCGGGGCUGGACCCCCGGGACUGCUGGAGAUCAAGUGCCCUUUCAACAAGGGUGCCCCAGAGGAGGCCUGGCCGCCGCAGCAUGCGAUCUGGUACUACAUGCCCCAGAUACAAGGACAGAUGGAGAUCAUGGACCGGGAGUGGUGCGACCUGUAUGUCUGGACUCCGGCCAACGGCGCCGCUGCCUUCCGAAUACCGCGGGACCGGGCCUACUGGGCGGCCUGCUUCGACGUGCUGGCGGAGUUCUGGUGGGCACACGUGGUUCCCGCCCGGCUGGCACUGGAUGGGGGGAGGGAGGAGGGGCUGGAGGGCAUGGCACCCCCGCCGCAGCACCCAGCCACAGAGUGGCUGAAGGCCGAGAGCCAGCACCUGGCACGAGCCGCCCCGCGAGCCUUUCAUCCCCCCGACCGAUCCGCAUGA